AAAGUCCUUUAAGCCAUGCACUUGCCGUCUCUUCACUCCUCCCCUUAGGCUUCGCCUUGUUCCUCUUCCUCUCCCUCCGCCCGCCCGCCCUCUUCACCGAACGACAUCUCCAUACCGCAAACGUCUUUAACCCGUCAUUCUCGUUUCUGUUAUAUACCCAAUUGUACCUGAUUCGUUACUUUGGCCUCCUGCUGAAACCAAGCGCCUUUCCACCCACCCCCCUUCAAUUUACGCCAACCACGCUUCUGCGCUUUUACACGUUGCAUACUUCAAAAAACUUGCGCUUCUUCCUGUCUCCCUACGCGAUAUCCUCGACAACAACCAUGAAUCACCGUCGCUCUCGCGAUGUGCCCCCGACGGGCUACGAUGGCGCCGAGCCCAAGCACGAUCCCUCUGUCCCGCCGCACUCGAGCAAUGGCAAGCCGCACAAGAGUCGCUUUCUCCCCACAUUCCACAAGGGCCAGCAGACGCCGGGCAUUGCGCCCGAUGGCGAGAGUGGCCGCAAGGGCUUCCAUCCCCUCAAGUUUAUGAGAAUUUGUGCACGCAGCUCGAGCAAGAUGUCCUCGGCUGUGAAUGUGUUGUGGCCUGUUGUGCCUGCUGCGAUUGCUAUUUAUUUCGCCCGUCCUGAGUGGCAUCUGACCAUUUUCAUUCUGAACUAUAUCGCCAUGGUGCCAUCGGCCAAUCUGCUUGGAUUUGCGGGUCAAGAGCUGGCUCGCAAGCUGCCGAAAGUUAUGGGCAUUAUCAUUGAGACGACUCUGGGCUCGCUGGUUGAGAUUAUCUUGUUUCUUGUCCUGAUUGUGCGGUCGGUCGGCGACGAGAAUGUCCAGGUCAUCCGAGCCGCUAUUCUUGGUUCUCUCCUUGCUAACCUGCUUCUCUGCUUGGGACUCUGCUUCAUUGCUGGAGGUAUCAAAAGAGACGAACAAACUUUCCAUGAGGCUAUCAGUGAGGUCGGCACAGGCUUGAUGCUUGUGGCAGCAAUGGGUCUUAUUAUCCCCUCCGUAUACGCCAACACCUUGGUUCAGGCCGAGCCGCUAUUCCGAAACGAGGCACUCAGCAUUUCGCGUGCCAUUGCCAUCAUGUUUUUGGUCGCCUAUGGUGUCUAUCUCGUGUUUCAGACACACACCCACCAUGGACUGUAUGACGACAUUCUCGAAGCCGACGAACUCAAGGACACCGACAGACAUCGGGAUCUCGCCAAGCAGAAGCUGACCUUCACCGAGGCCCUCAUUGGUAUCGCAAUUGCCAUUGCCUGUGUGGCGCUGAUUGCCGUUGCUCUGAUUGACCAGAUCCACUACCUUGUGGUUGACCGUGGCAUCUCAGAUGCUUUUGUCGGUUUGAUCCUGAUUCCUCUGGUCGAGAAAGCUGCGGAGCAUUUGACGGCCGUCGACGAAGCCUGGGACAACCAAGCAAACUUUGCCCUUGCUCAUGUGCUUGGUGCUUCGAUCCAGACUGCCCUCCUCAACACUCCUCUGGUCAUCAUUGUAGGAUGGGGCCUGAACAAGGGCAUGGAUCUCAACUUUGAAAUCUUCGACACUGUCGUGCUCAUUCUUGCCGUCCUUGUGGUCGGAAACUUCCUCCGCGACGGCAAGAGCAACUAUCUCGAGGGCACGCUGUGCGUGAUUGUCUACAUCAUCAUCGCGAUAUGCGCAUUCUACUACCCGAACCCCCCAGAGGGCCACACCAGCUACACAACGACCGAGGCAGCCACUUUGGGCCUGCAGCCAGACCCGGCCGCCGAGGGCCAUCACUAAGGGGUUGUUGCGCAAACAGGGACUCCUAUUGAUAUGAGUGGUAUAUAUACUUAUUGGAUCGCUGGGAGCGACAUUUCCGCCUCGUAUGGCUCUUUAAUUUCUCUUUUGUUUACUUAGCGAGCGAUAGGCGUUCGGAUAACAUCUCCUACCUUAUCGUGCUAGCCAAUGGAAUCCGGUCUUGUCCUGUAUUGUAUGAACGGAAGCUGUCUUGUGCUCGUG